AUGGAAGUGCGUGACCCGCGGCGGUAUAAAGGAAGGACCGAGAUUAAGGAGGCCAUGAAGGAUAUUCGGAAGAGGCUGAUGGCCCAUAGACCACACUUGUCUUGUACCAUGAGGUUACCGACUCCAUACCAGAGCUCAAUGGGUCCAGGCCUCCAUUCUAGCAUACCCACGCCAAUGUCUUUCAGGCACAACCAACCAGGCGCUGAUAACCUCAAAACAAUCAACCAACUUAAGGUCGAUAAUUAG